GCGCAGAACUGAUUUAGCAUCACAUCUUUUGCUUAACAAGCGGUGCAAUUCAAGCGACCAACCUACGUAGGUUUUAUCGCAACAUGACGUCACGUGUCCGCCACAAAGCUGCAGCCACCAAUGGAAGUGACUUUAAACACAGAGAGAAGGUGGCUCCACAAUACCAAAUGAGUGCGUCCCUGAAGUCCGAAGUCCGGCGCUUGAACAUUGUCCACCUACUGGUCUGGCUGCUGGUGGCCGCCCAAGUGGUGGUCAGUCACCUCAACCUGGUGCCACACGAAACCGUCUCCAUGCCGUACCAAUGGGAGUACCCUUACCUCCUCAGCGCGGUACCCUUGCUCUGCAGCAGCCUGUCCCUCCCCAGGAACAACAUCAGCUACCUGGUCUUGUCCAUGAUCAGCGGGGGACUCUUCUCUGUGGCGCCGCUCAUAUACGGCGGCAUGGAGAUGUUCCCCGUGGCGCAGCAGCUGUAUCGCCACGGCAAAGCCUACCGCUUCAUUUUCGGGUUCUCCGCCGUAACGGUCAUGUAUUUGGUCAUGGUGGUGGCCGUCCAGGUGCACGCGUGGCAGCUGUAUUACAUGAAGAAGCUGCUAGACUCGUGGUUCAAUGCCACGCAAGAGAAGAAGAAGAAAUGAUGGGCGGAAAGAAAAUACUUUAGGAACUUCUCUUCUCAUAUUUUCUACAGUAAAUAAGGGAAAUUAGAUUUGAUCCCUUUAAAGUUACACUUUUUACCCUUAGGUUAAAAAAUGUUCCUGCUUAUAAAAGCGUCGUAAAAUAUGUAUUUAUUUCCACUUUCCCUGCAUUAAAUAUUUUCAAAGAUUUCAUAGAUAGCAGGUCCUUAAAAGCAUCAAAGCACUCCUGUCGCAUAGAAGAUUUUUGCCUAACAUUUUUCUUUAUAAAAAGCAUUCCUGUCACAGAGCAUUGGUUCUCAAACCUUUUUCACCAAGUACCACCUCAGAAAACACUUGGCUCUCCAAGUACCACCAUAAUGACCAACAUUAAAUUACAGUAGCGUAGUAGGCCUAAGUGUUCAUUAAAAACAAGACAGAGGUUUUAUUUAACAAGUCUAUUAAAUAUUUUUGGCCACAGUAACAUUACACACAGUUUCAACAGUAACACUGUGUUUAAAUUUAGGAAAAUAAAACUGUACUUUAUUCAAGUGAUUAUUUGGCAUACCACUAGAUUGAGCCUGUGUACCACAGAUUGAGAAUCCCUGACAUAGACGAUCUUUGACUUGUGUUUUUUUUUUUUGUAGGAGGUUCUUAAAAACAGCAGAGCUCUCCUCUCACAUAGACAGUCUUUGACCAACCAAUUUCGUUUUGUAAUAGAUUCUUAGAAACAUAUUUGAUGUAGAAGGUCCUCCUCUAUCAUAUACACAAUGUGUGACUAACAUGUUUUACAGGAGGUCGUUAAAAACGGCAAAUCACUCCUGUCACAUUGAGGAUCUUUGAUGGAGUUGGUCCUUAUAACAGCAAAUCUCUCCUGUCAUUCAGUACGUAUAAACGACCUGUAACUAAAAGAUUUUGCUGUAGGUUGUUAAGAACAGCAGGGCACUCCUGUCACAUAGAGGAUCUUUGACUACAGGAUAGUAAACAUUGCUUGCUUUAAUUCAAGACUUUAUUUUUUAACUUAUUAUCCAUGCUGUGAGGAAAAAAGAUAUAUACAUAAUAAUCAAAUAGGAAUAAUACAGUUGUCCAGUGAGUAUAAUAGCAGUUAUUGUGCUACGUGGGACAGUUCGAUUGGAAUUUACAUAAAUUAGCCAUAUUUUUUAUUGUUUAUAUUUGAAACUCGCCUAAUCUUAUAUAUUUAUUUUAAAGAAUAAUGUAAUUGUUGUUAUCCCUAUAAGUUAUUGUAUUA